AACUUUCCUUCAAGUUGCCAUGUCAGUGCCUUUGUAUCAAACUUAUCAUGGUUGAUGAUCUAAAGAUGAGUCAUCCAACCAAAGGGUCAAGAUUCACUUCCUAGUUUUCAUCCCUUUAAAUACCACUUUGGAAUACAAGGGACUCAUCAACCCAAGCGAGCAUAAUUUCCCUAACAGCCCAGUAGUUCACACCAUUCCUCUUCACCUGCACCUAGUCUCUUCAACUAAACAGAAACCUUAUUAAUCAUCAAUCAUGCAGGCCUCACUUCUUCACGAGCUAGUUGUUGGAACUCCAGUCAUCUCAUCAACAUAUGAUCAGCUUCAAAAGUCAGUUAACCGAUACCUACCUGGUCCUGCCACUCAAUGCCAAUAUUCAGCCACAACAUCAAAGCAAGUUAAAGUGGGGACAAAUAUAUCUGAAACUGUUAAGAGAAAGUUAAGUUUAGGGGCUCGCAUUCUUCGAGUGGGUGGAGUGGAAAAGGUGUUUAAGCAGUUUUUCAGCGUGGAAGAAGGAGAAAGACUGUUGAAAGUUUCCGAGUGUUAUCUGUCCACCACAUCGGGCCCUCUAGCAGGUUUCCUCUUCAUCUCCACUCACAAGGUUGCAUUCUGCAGUGAGAGAUCAAUGAAAGUCUUUACUCAGAAAGGCCACAUGUUGAGGAUCCGUUAUAAGGUUGUCAUUCCACUGAAGAAGAUCAAGUGUGUGAACCAAAGUAAAAAUGCUCAGAAGCCAACACAGAAGUACAUACAGAUAGUCACAGUGGACAAUUUUGAUUUUUGGUUUUUGGGUGUCUUUAAAUAUCAGAAAACUUUCAAAUAUCUUGAACAGGCAAUUUCUCAAGCUUAGUUCAGUGGGAAAAUCACCUGUUUAAACCCGAAGAUUGACGUUGUCUGCACAAACAAAAAUGAUCAGAAACAAGCUAAAAUUUGGCAGCUACUGUUGAAGAUGUUGAGUUUUAUCUUUGAUAAAAGGGAUUUCACUUCAUUUUAUAUAUCCAUCCUGCUUGUCACCAUAUUUGACUAGUGACUGCAAAUGGAAGUGAUUUAUAUCAGCUGAGUUGCAGACAUGGCUUCCAGCAUAUUAAGUUGUGAAUGCUGGUGUUCACCAUUUGUUGCAGAAUCCAAGUUGUAUGUAUUUUGUGUCUGACUUGCUGUCAGCGUGCUAAGGAUAAGACUGCUUUAGUGGAAGUUAUCCAUUCAUGCAGAGAGGGGUAGAUUAUAGUAGAGGAAGAAAAAAUACAUAGAAAAAGAGGGGACAAAACUGUUAGCUGCUCAAAUGUACAUGUUUCAGACACAAUUUAUUAUGUAAAUGUUUCCAGGACAACUUUGUAAUUCAGCUUGUAUUCAUACUGUCUAACUCAAGCAAAAUUUGUACAUAAUUAUUUAAAUGCAGAGUCUAUUUUAUUUA